UCCCUAGAGGAUGCUGCGCACCCGGAAUUAAUGGAGGGGCCUCGAACGUUCCCCAGAGCCCACUAGAGUCCCUGGAGCUCCUGUAGGGAUGCGAAUGCCACAGGUGGGGGGUGGGGUGAGGCGCGGCCUCAGGAUGCGAGACCCCCACCGCCCGCGCCGCAGUCAGCCGUAGUGGGUGGAGUUCGCCCGCGCUGCGCACUUGGAAAGCCUCGGGGCCCUGGAGGCUGCAGGCCCCCCACCCACGCGCCGCCUGCCAGACUAGGGAGCCCCCGUGGACCCCGCUACGCCUCGCGCUGCUGCCCUUAAAUUCCUUGGCGAGGGAAAAAGAAGAAACAGAUUAUCCCGGGAGGAGAGACGGGGGUCUGAUUCGCGUUUAGGUCCCUCACGGAGAAACCGUUCAUCCCAUUCUUUCUGUCGAGGGGCCUUGGAAAGAAAGCAGCUGGCGUUUGGGCAGGUGGGAUUCAGGGAGGGUAGCGAGCAGGGCACUGGAUGGGGGACUGCAUCUUUUGUCGAGGCCCCCUCUGCGCUGGUUGUUGGGUUUCUUCGAGGCCAGCAAAGGGGCAGAUUUAAUCCAUCUGCUUCGGAUCCCCUGGGGGGAGGCCCGUGUGCCCCUCCUGACUGCCCUGGACCCUGCCCUGUUGCUGGAUUCUCCCAAGCCUAGACCCUGACUGCUGCUGUGUCAUCCCCAUGCCCACCCCAGGCAUGCCCUCUCCUGUGAAGGCUUUGGGGCAGGCCAGGCCCUCGGGUGCCAGUAUGGCCCCACAGGCCCGCUGCUGCUCCCCUGCGGCCCUGCAGAGGCGGCUGCCCAUCCUGGCCUGGCUGCCGGACUAUUCCGUGUCAUGGCUGAAGAUGGAUGCCAUCGCCGGACUCUCCGUCGGGCUCACCGUCAUCCCGCAGGCGCUGGCCUACGCCGAGGUGGCUGCCCUCCCGCCCCAGUACGGCCUCUACUCUGCCUUCAUGGGAUGCUUCGUGUACUUCUUCCUGGGCACCUCCCGGGACGUGACCCUGGGCCCGACGGCCAUCGUGUCCCUCCUGGUGUCUUUCUACACUUUCCACGAGCCUGCCUACGCCGUGCUGCUGGCCUUUCUGUCUGGCUGCAUCCAGUUAGCCAUGGGCUUCCUGCACUUGGGCUUCUUGCUGGACUUCAUCUCCUGCCCCGUCAUCAAAGGUUUCACGUCUGCUGCCACCGUCACCAUUGGCUUCGGGCAGAUCAAGAACCUCCUGGGACUGCAGGGUAUCCCCAGACAGUUUUUCCUGCAAGUGUAUCACACCUUCCGCAACAUCGGAGAGACCAGGGUGGGCGAUGCCGUGCUGGGGCUGGUCUGCAUGGUGCUGCUGUUGGUGCUGAAGCUGAUGCGGAACCACGUGCCCCCCGUCCACCCCGAGAUGCCCCCCGGCGUGCGGCUCAGCCACGCGCUGGUCUGGACGGCCACAACAGCUCGCAACGCACUGGUGGUCUCCUUUGCCGCCCUGGUCGCGUACUCCUUCGAGGUGACUGGAUACCAGCCUUUUGUUCUAACCGGACAGACGGCUGAGGGGCUCCCUCCCGUCCGCCUUCCGCCCUUCUCGGUGACCACGGCCAACAGAACAGUUUCCUUCACCGAGAUGGUACAGGACAUGGGGGCUGGGCUGGCCGUGGUGCCCCUGAUGGGUCUCCUGGAGAGCAUCGCGGUGGCCAAGUCCUUUGCUUCCCAGAAUAAUUACCACAUUGACGCCAACCAGGAGCUGCUGGCCAUCGGCCUGACCAACGUGCUGGGCUCCCUCGUCUCCUCCUACCCGGUCACAGGCAGCUUUGGGCGGACGGCUGUGAACGCGCAGUCGGGGGUGUGCACCCCAGCAGGGGGCCUGGUGACAGGAGUGCUGGUGCUGCUGUCGCUGGACUACCUGACCUCGCUGUUCUACUAUAUCCCCAAGUCCGCCCUGGCCGCCGUCAUCAUCAUGGCCGUGGCUCCGCUGUUCGACGCCGGGAUCUUCGGGACGCUCUGGCGCGUGAAGAGGCUGGACCUGCUACCCCUCUGCGUGACAUUCCUGCUCUGCUUCUGGGAGGUCCAGUACGGCAUCCUGGCCGGGACCCUGGUGUCCGCUCUGAUCCUCCUGUACUUUGUGGCCAGACCCAAGAUGCAGGUGUCGGAGGGGCCGGUGCUGGUCCUGCAGCCGGCCAGCGGUCUGCACUUCCCGGCCAUCGAGUCCCUCCGGGAGGCGAUACUGAGUCGGACUCUGGAAGCGUCCCCCCCGCGCUGCGCGGUGCUGGACUGUACCCACGUCUGCAGCAUUGACUACACCGUGGUGCUGGGGCUCGGGGACCUCCUGGGAGACUUCCACAGGCACGGCGUCACCCUCGCCUUCGUCGGCCUGCAGGUUCCUGUUCUCCGUGCCCUGCUGUCCGCUGACCUGAAGGGUGUACAAUACUUCUCCACACUGCAAGAGGCAGAGAAAUACUUGAGUCAGGAACCGGGGACCCAGCCCUACAACAUCAGCGAGGAUUCUGUUCCGGAACACAAGGUCGCCCUGUUGAAGGCCUGAUUGGGGCACCGACGGGCACCUGAUGCUCGGGGCGUCUCGCGGAAGGUUCCUGAUGCCGGGAUUCCGGAUGCCACCCGAUGAACACGCUGAGCUGAGGGCUCUGAGCCGGUGACCCUGGAAGGAGGAGGGAAAACCACACACCAGGAUCCACAGGUGGGACUCUCACUGCCUUUAUUUGGGGUGACUGAAUAUUUAUCUCCCUUCUGAUUCCUGGGCACGCACGUUUUUCUGAGGAGUGGUUUGAAGACAGCCUUCUAGAAUGACGGACCAUGUGAGAAAGAAGGGACGGGAUUUCCACCCGGUCCAGGGGAGGGGUCUCCACGCCCCAGCACCUUCCUGGUUACAGGGGACGUUGGGAGUGGGCAGCUCGGAGGUGGGUUCGAGCCUUGGUGGCGGCAUCCGUAUUUGCCGUCGGGGAGAAAGCCAAGGUGUGUCAAAUGAUUUCAAAGUGUCUUGUUAAAAAUAAUUUUGUUGUUGUUGUUUUUUUAAAUUAAAAAUGUAGCAGCUUUGGUGUUUUUGUAAAAAUCGGAAACGCUUCUUGUAAAAGCUGCAGGAGACCGUCUCCUGCAUCCACUUUGGCGGUAGUGCAGACCCCAUCCCCGCGGCGUGCGUACGGGUCCGUACGUCCGCAUGUGGGUGCGUGCGUUUACGGUCGUGCGCGGACGGGGUCCUUUCAUACGUGGUGCUCUGUGACCCGUACCUUUGUGCAGUCCUUGCUGUGAAUGACGCGUUGUGAUAAUAAACAGAACCGUGAUUUUGCCGUG